CCGUACCUAUAUUAAAUGACUUCGCUGCUUCUUCCAUUACUUCUCGGCUAGUUUGACAAGGGAACUCGAACCUCUCCGCUCCACUCCACUCCCCUCCCCUCAUCAUACCCUGAGCUCCUCCGUCUCCGAGCUCUUUCUUCCUCCGUUCCUCCCGUCUCCGUGUCUUUUCCCCGGUAGAAGAUGUCGGGUCCGGCUCCGAAAGUGGAGGAUGUGCAGAAGAGCUCCGACUCUUUCGCCGUCGACCUCAGCUCUUCACGGCCGCAGGCGAGCUUCUUCGUGGCCCAGUCGAUGCUCAGAGCCCUGGCGGCGGCCUCAACCCUUGUGGCGCUCUCCGUUAUGGUGACGAGCAAGCAGACGGUUGUGAUCUUUGGGAUGAGAUUCGAAGCUCAUUACAACUACUCGUCUGCCUUCAGGUUCCUGUUGGGUGUGGAUGCAGUGGUGUGUGGCUUCUCUCUCAUGUCGCUGGUGUUUCUCUGCUGUCUGAGGCGGCCGGGAUCUAACUUCAGGCAUUACUUCUUCCUGUUUCUGCACGAUUUGGUGAUAAUGGUGCUGAUGAUAUCGGGAUGCUCAGCUGCGAGUGCGGUCGGGUACGUGGGUCGAUACGGGGAAGAGAAGAUGGGGUGGCUUGCAGUCUGCAAUCGCGUGGCUAAGUUCUGCAACCGAACCUUAGUUUCUGUUGUUCUGUCAUACCUCGCCUUCUUCUGCUACUUUGCCCUCUCCAUCACUUCUGCCCGCAAACUGGCUCUUCUCUCGGCCCAUUGAAGCCGAAACUGCGCAAAGCAAAAUCGAAAAGGAAUUAGUAAUUUGACAUGAAAAGGGAUCGAAAUACUUGUGUAGUAGUAGAAGUUAGGUAGGUUCAGAAGAGGAGACUGGCUGACCAUUUUCAUACUGUUGAUGCAUCUGCCCUUCUCAUGUUGUAUGUAGUUGAGAUGAUAUUAUGGUCUUGGACUAUAUUAUAUCAACUGCACUUCUGAUGCUGCGAUCGCAGACAACCAUUGUAACUAUUUUCGUUUCUACCGUGCAAUCAAGACAAAGGAUUCUGUAACUGCGUCUGUAUGCUGUAAUAGAAUGAAAUCUUCAUACGGGAUAUGCAGCCAUAUGGCAGUUCCAUUCCAUUC